CCCUUCGCCCUCCGGCUCCCCCGAUCACGAGGAGGACGACGCCCCCGCGGGCGAGUGGAUCCUCUUCACCAGCCCGACGCCGUUCAACCGCUGCGUGCUGCUGCGGUGCCCGUCCGUGUCCUUCGAGGACGGGGGCGUGCUGCUGGACGGCGUCAACGAGCGCCUGCUCACACAGGACCGCCACUACGUCAACCUCAGCCGGGGCAGCAUCCCCGCCGCGCCCGCCGGGCAGGGCGCGGGCGAGGUGUCCUACCAGCGGCUCUGCAUUCCCCUGGACGAUGGCGGGGUGAUCGCGCUUGAUUGGCCCGCUAAUUUGGAUCUGGACAAGGAGCAUGGCCUUGAUUCCACGGUGCUCGUCGUGCCCGGCACCCCCGAGGGGAGCAUGGACAGGGGCAUCGAGAUGUUCGUGCUGGAUGCGCUCAAGAAUGGCUACUUCCCCAUUGUAAUGAACCCCAGAGGGUGCGGCGGAUCACCGCUUACUACACCAAGGUUAUUUACAGCGGCUGACAGUGAUGAUAUCUGUACAACGAUCCGCUUUAUAAACAGCAAACGGCCAUGGACAACAAUAAUGGGUGUUGGGUGGGGGUAUGGUGCCAAUAUGCUGACAAAGUACCUUGUGGAAGCUGGAGAGUCUACUCCUCUUACGGCUGCAGUUUGUAUCGACAAUCCUUUUGACCUACAGGAAGCAACAAGAACAUUUCCUCAUAAUAUCGCUCUUGACCAAAAGCUCACAGCUGGCUUGGUUGAUAUUCUGCGUGCCAAUAAGGAACUCUUUCAAGGAAAAGAUAAAGACUUUGAUGUCCAAAAGGCUUUAUCGGCAAACUGUUUGCGUGACUUUGAUGGAGCAAUAUCUAUGGUUUCACAUGGGUUCGCUAAUGUUGAUGACUUCUAUUCAAAAAAUAGCGUGAGGCCAUCAAUUGCCGGUGUAAAAAUACCUGUACUCUUUAUACAGAGUGAUGAUGGGACGGUGCCACUUUUGUCAGUACCACGCAGUUCAAUAUCAGAGAAUCCUUUUACCAGCCUUCUCCUUUGUUCUUGUGUACACUCAACUGGAUUCACCUUUGAGAGAUACACUGAAUUAUGGUGCCAGAAUCUUACCCUAGAGUGGUUGUCAGCAGUGGAGUUUGCUCUUCUUAAGGGUCGUCAUCCGCUUAUCAAAGAUGUGGAUAUCACUGUUAACCCAUCCAAAGGCCUAGCAUUUGCCGUACCUCAACCGACUGAUAAGAAGGUCCCAAAAGAGGACAAUUUUCAUGAGCAAGCUCAGUUUAUUCUCUCUCAUGGUUUACCCCAUGGAAUAAAUGGGCUUCUCGCUGAUCCUACAAAUAGAUAUUCUGGUGCUCAAAACAGCGAAAAUGAGCUGCUCACUUAUUCUGCAAAUGGAGAUUCUGGUUCUCGAAACAGCGAAAAUGGGCUGCUUACUUAUUCUGCAAAUGGAGAUUCUGGUUCUCAAAACAGCGAAAGUGGGCUGUUAAAAGAUAAUGGUGUAGGCAGGAUAAGCAAAGAAGCUGAUGAAGAGGAGCCAGAAGAGAUUCCUGAAGAUGUUGAACAAGGUCAUGUACUACAAUCAGCAGGUCUUGUGAUGAAUAUGCUGGAUGCUACAAUGCCUGGUACUCUGGAUGAUGAUCAAAAGAAGAAGGUUAUGAUGGCAGUAGGACAAGGUGAAUCUCUUGUGAAAGCUCUAGAAGAAGCUGUACCUGAAGAUGUGCGUGGAAAGCUUACAUCGUCUGUGACUGAAAUUUUACAAUCUAAACGACACAAUUUCAAUUUAGAUGCUCUGAAGCGUGGCUGGACUAAUGCAAGAUCAAACACCAAGAAAGUGGUCCAAGAAAAGGUCAAAGAGUCGGAUCACGAGAGUGGAGUUAAGGAUGCUAAAAUUCUUGACCAUAACAGGGGUAUUACAUCCAUUGGUGAGGUAGACCAAAAAGAUACUAAUCUGACCUCAAACGAUAACAAUGCUGCAGAAGGUAUCGAUUUAUCACAAGUAAAGCCUUACCAAGCUUCUGGACCUGUUGGAACUGGAAGCGAAAUGGGAAGUGAGCAGACUCAGCUCGAUAAAUCAGAGGAAGAUUACUCUGGAGUGAAUGAAAGCAGUGAAGAGAAGCAAGAGGCCGGUCAGGGCAGUGUAACAGAUCCAAAGCAUCUUUCCGAUGAUCCAUCAACAGCCAAUUCAAACGGAACUCCCAGAGAGCGGGUGCAGUCGGCAGAUGCUACAGCAGAGCAGAAUCCACAGUCCAAUGUGGUAGACGACGAAGUUGAUGCAGUUCAUGCCAAUGAAGAUAAGGUUGCACUUAAUGUUGUUGAUCAGAGCACGCAAAUCUCUAAAACAGAAGAAUCUAAACAUCCGUCAGUUAAUAAUGUGAGACAGGCAUUAGAUGCCUUGACUGAUUUUGAUGACUCGACUCAAAUGGCUGUCAAUAGUGUGUUCGGAGUUAUCGAGAAUAUGAUUGACCAGUUUCAAAAGCACAAUGACUCUCAGGACAGGGACAAUUCUAAUGGAGCCACAGAUAAACCUUCUGUGGAUGAGACAGAGUCUGAUGUGAUGGUGGAUGUGGACAAUGAGUUAAGUGGAAAGGACAAAAAUCCAUCAUCAUCUGGUGAAUCAAAACAUAAUACUUCUGUUAAAGCUCGUCCAAUCAUGUCUGAAGAUCACAAUUUUAGUGAGAAAAAAUCUGAGUUGAGCACCGUUCCACCUUCGGAAGGAAAAAUCAGAAAUUCUCGGAGAAAUAUACCUGAAAAUUAUGUUGAUGGUGAUGUUGCAAAGAUGGUGAGUGGCUCACCUGAUUACUUGUUGGAUAUAGCUGCCAAUUCUUAUUUGAAGGUGCAGUAUGCUUUGUACCUUCAUGAGAAUCUUUCAAGACAACUGCAACUUCAGUCACCAGAUUUGAACUCGGCAACUGAUCUUUUCCUUGACCCGCAAGAGGGUAAAUGGAAACUAGCAGAUCAAAUGGACAAUGUGCAAGGUGACAUUUCUAUAUCUGGAAAAUAUAGCUUCAUCAAUAAAGAGAUCAAGCAUGCAGAUUCCUCCCAAGCUCCAACUAGGGCAGGCAAUGUUAUUUUGCCACCACAUUCAGCUCUGCGAAAUUUUGUAGACUCUGAAACCAAAAGGAAGGUAAAUGAGAAAUUGCCUGGUAAUGCUUUGAGACAGACACUCAUAUACUUUAUUACUGAUGACUUAACCAAUACCCUCAAAACUGAAGUUGGUCGCAAACUGGGGAUAACAAAAGCUGAGAAACUUCAAAGAAGACUUGCACAUGACGUAGAACGACUCGCUACUCAAGUUUCUAGAACUAUUGUCCAUGACUCUGAGUUAUACAGAGCAACAUCUGUGCAGAGGAAUCCAACGACUGUGAAAUUUGGUGUGGUCCAUGGCGAAAAUGUUGUUGAAGCUGUAUCAACUGCAGUUCGGCAAUCUCAUGAUCUGAGAAAUGUUCUUCCAGUGGGUGUGAUAGUUGGUGUAACUUUAGCGUCCUUGAGAAACUACUUCCACGUUGGUGUCUCUAAGCAUGACAACCUUACAAAAGCUGCUGUCAAGUCAGGAAUUUUGGAUGAGGAUGUUAUUGUUCAGGAUACCGACGAAGGAAAUAUAGAUAAUCUUCCCACACAGAAAGAAGCAAAUGCUGAUCUUUGCAGACAAGAAGAAGCAAAUACAGAUUAUUAUAUUCAAAAACCCGGUGAACACAAGCAACAUGAGAUAAUGAAGUCAGAUGGUAAAGGCAUGAUGGUUGGGGCUGUAACAGCUGCCCUAGGUGCUUCUGCCUUAGUAGCACAUCAUCAACAAAAGAAUGCUGAAGAGCAUGAUAGCAUGGAUAGCACUCAACAUAAUCUUGCUGAAACUGAACUGGAAAAGAGCCAGAACAACUUAGUGAGCAGCUUUGCUGAGAAAGCCAUGUCUGUUGCAGCUCCGGUGGUACCCAAGAAGGGUGAUGGUGAACUUGAUCACGAUAGACUCGUUGCUGUUCUAGCUGAACUAGGGCAAAGAGGUGGAAUUUUGAAAUUUGUGGGGAAAAUUGCUCUACUUUGGGGAGGUAUUCGUGGUGCUCUGAGCUUGACUGACAGGCUCAUCUUGUUCUUACGUAUCAGCGAACGUCCCUUAUUUCAGAGGAUCAUGGGAUUUUCCUUAAUGGUACUUGUUCUGUGGUCACCUGUUGUGAUUCCUUUACUGCCAACUCUUGUUCAAAGCUGGACAAUAAGUGCUUCAACAGGAAUUGUUGGGGAUGCUUGUAUUGUUGGUCUGUAUGUCUCUAUAAUGAUACUUGUAAUGCUAUGGGGAAAACGAAUACGUGGCUAUGAGAAUCCAGUUGAGCAAUAUGGGAUGAAUCUUGCAUCUCCAUCAAGGCUGCAAGAAUUUUUUCAAGGUCUUGUCGGAGGUGUGUCUGUCGUUUGGUUGGUGCAUUCGAUAAGCAUUUUGCUUGGCUUUGCAACUUUUCGAGAAGGGACGCCUUCAUUAUUACCAUUUGAUCUUCUCAAAUCUUCAAGUAAUGUAUUGUUGCCAGCUCUUAGAGGGUUUAUCACAGCAACUAGCAUUGCUGUGGUGGAAGAAGUGGUUUUCAGAUCAUGGCUUCCAGAAGAAGUUGCAGUUGAUCUUGGUUACUACAAUGCCAUUAUGAUGUCUGGAGUUGCUUUUUCUUUGAUUCACCGGUCUCUACCUUCAGUACCAGGUUUCGUGCUACUUUCCCUGGUGCUUUUUGGGCUUAAGCAAAGAACGCAAGGGAAUCUCGCUGCACCAAUUGGCCUGCGAUCUGGAAUUAUGACUGCUAGUUAUCUCACACAAAUCAGUGGCAUUAUUGCAUUCAAACCUGAAACUCCAUUCUGGAUGAUUAGUACCUAUCAUCUGCAUCCGUUUGAUGGUGCGAUUGGGUUAAGUAUUUGUGCACUACUUGCGAUCCUUUUCUUCCCUCAAAGGCCUGCUCAGAAGGAUACGUCUGUGCCAUGAGAAUCAGGAGGACCCACAAAAGUACUCUUUGAGGUCAGUUUCAACAAAGAUGUCACCACGUCUGCGCAAAACAUGAGCACUGAAGGGCUGCUCCAGUGUAUGCUAUGUUAAAAGUGCAGCUCACAUUGCUGAUGCACCGUAACUUGCUCUAAAAAGGGCGCCUGGCUAGAUGUUUUAUUACACCGACCGAGGGGUGCUGCCGAUGGAUUGGAGCUGUGGGGUUCAUGCCCUUGGCAAACUUUUAUAGUUCUCUUUUCUGGACUCAGACAGAUGAACUCUGUUAUUCUCGUGGUAACAACAUGAACUCCAAACAGGAAUUAUUUGUUUCGUUCAUCGUUGUAUGGCGGGGCAGUAUAAACUAAGCAUGAAGCUGGAUAUAUCUUGGACAGAAACUGACAGAUAUCAAUGUGAAGUCAAUACUUUUGCCAUUUAGUGGAGUAUGUGUGCUGACUGUCUUAACUUCUUGUAGAAAUACUUCAUGUUGACUAAUUGGUGUAUAGGUUUGUUCUUUAGAUCUAACUAAGCUUCCUUUUGAUACUCCCUCUGUCUCUACUGUCAUAGGGAGUAUUUCGGAACACAAGCAUAUCUAUGUUUUGGGGUAGCAAAUUUUGACAGCACAUACUGUAUGUAGAAGAUAGUCACAUGACAUAGUUAGCUGAUACUCCCUCUGUAAACUAAUAUAAUCGUUUAGAUCACAGUUGUGUAUCUUCCUCGAUGACAGAAUCUCGCUGACUGUAAGGCAUCUCGCUGAAUGUAAGGAUCAGCGCAGGUAUAAUGUUGCCUCUACGUAUAGAAGAAUCCGUUGAGACCGGCAAAGAGAAAUAGCCAUUUGUACUAUGCGUAAUAUUUAUGUAAUAAUGUUUUCCCUCCA